AUGUUCUCAUCAUGUUUACUACAAUGUUGCCCUCAUGGUGGCAUACUUUUCGUGCCAAUUCUCCGGCCAAACAGGCAAUAUAACGAUGAUGAAUUCGAGAAAUACGAACCACGGCCAAAGAUUGUCAUCGACAAACAAGACUUCGAACCGACGCGUUCCUAUCAAUAUGAAGGCUACGUGGGAGCUGAAUCCGUGAAACCACGGCUGAAAAUCGCCGCACAGUACAGUCAACAGAAGAAGACGAUCAUCCUUAAGGUGAUCUCGUUGCACUGUUGUGAUCUAUUCGCCGAUGAUGUAUCACAGGUACGAAUUUCUUACGGCUCUAAUAGGGCGAAACAGCAGACAGCUGUCGUCAGAGGUGAAGAUCCCUCAUAUAAUCAGACAUUUUCCUUCACAAAUAUUGAAAAAGACGAAUUUAAUUCGUCUACUCUCCGAUUUCGCAUCUAUUCAAGAAGCGGGAAGUCUAGAAUGAAUUUGAGAGCAGAAGGACAGUUAGAAGGUGAAAAAAUAGGAUUGGAUAGCCCAACGACAUGCACUGUGCCGUUGACGAAGAUCAACACCAUUAAAUCAGAGGUCCCGUUAGCCGGCCUUUCCCCAUCAAUGCAUCGAGUGUCGAACGGUAGCGUCGCGUCGGGCGACAGUCGACGAAAUAGUAUGGUCGAUGCGUGUGGACGAUUUUGCAGUCAACCUACGAAUGGAGCGCCAGAGCUAUUAAUCGCAUUAUGUUACGACACCGAUCAUGGAUGUCUAACAGUUGGCAUUGAACGGGGAUCAUCGCUUGGCGAGAAAUGCAGACCUCCUGAUACAUUUAUCAAGAUUGUGGCUUUGGGCGAAUUUGGUAACGAGCUAUGGCGUCAGAAAACUGAACUCGUAAAAGGAACCUCCGAACCACAGUACGAUCACACGGCCAGUAUUCAGUUGCAUCGUCCAGAUCUUGACGUAUGCACUUUACGGAUCGAAGUAUGGAGUUCAGUGGGUGUGCUAAGGCGUCGACAAUUACUCGGUUGGCUUGCAUUGGGUCUGAAUUCCAGCUCACCUGAUGCGCAAGAGCAUUGGGAGCAGAUGAUACAAGGAGCGGGUAUUACAGUCUCGAAAUGGCAUCCUGUUCAUCCACCUGAAUGA